AUGACCAAUACUCUCCUCCUGCUGCAUGGUACAGAAUCAGGUACAUCAGUUUGUAUCAGAUCUCUCCACCCGCCCUCUCUUCCUCUCAUCCAUUUACCUCCUUACUCCAUCCUCAUCCCUACCUACAUCCCUUCAUCCUCCUUUCCCUCGUCACCUCAACCUCCCUACUUCCUCCUCAUCCCUACCUACAUCCCUUCAUCCUCCUUUCCCUCGUCACCUCAACCUCCCUACUUCAUCCUCAUCCCUACCUACAUCCCUUCAUCCUACCUUCCUCGUCCCCUCAACCUCCCACCUUCAUCCUCAUCCCUACCUACAUCCCUUCAUCCUACUUCCCUCAUCCCCUCAACCUCCCUUCUUCAUCCUCAUCCCUACCUACCUACAUCCCUUCAUCCUACCUUCCCUCAUCCCCUCAACCUCCCUACUUCAUCCUCAUCCCUACCUACAUCCCUUCAUCCUCACUUUCCCUCAUCACCUCAACCUCCCAACUUCCUCCUCAUCCCUACCUACAUCCCUUCAUCCUCCUUUCCCUCGUCACCUCAACCUCCCUACUUCCUCCUCAUCCCUACCUACAUCCCUUCAUCCUCCCUUCCCUCAUCACCUCAACCUCCCAACUUCCUCCUCAUCCCUACCUACAUCCCUUCAUCCUCCCUUCCCUCAUCACCUCAACCUCCCAACUUCCUCCUCAUCCCUACCUACAUCCCUUCAUCCCCCCUUCCCUCAUCUCUUCCAUCUUAA